CAGCUUCGGGUUCACGGAAAACGGAGGCAGCCCCGAGCCCUGGGGCCGAGAGCACCCGCCUGCCCGGGGCCUUGUGGACGCAGGGGCAGGGGAGACGUUGGAAGGCGUGUCGGAGCGGGGCUGAGGCUCCUCUGAGGCGGAGGACGGGCGGGGCCUCGCGGGAGCGCUCUCCGAACUGACCUCCGAAACCGACGUACCCGUUGUGUUUGUGAAACGGAGAAAGAUAGGCGGCCACGGUCCAACCCUGAAGUGCCUUGCAUUGGAGGAGGAGCCUCGGCCAUAAUGCCAGUUGAUGAAUACUGGCUCUGUUUACCAGCCUCUCACGUUAGACCUUUGGUACAUAUGGUCAGGGUGAUGCAGUCUUGCCCCUGCUGUUGCUGGUUUCCAGGUGCUCUCCCUUCAAUGCCUGAGCCAUUGUGCGUACCUGCCGCACUGCCCAGGGGCAGUCAUGGUGCCGUGCCUCCUCCACCUGUCCAUACCACACCCCCUCCUACAUCCCAGGCAUCCAAUUCUACUGACCCUACGCUCUGCCUUUUGCCCCCUGUAUCUGAUGGUAGGCAGGAGAAAAAUGUGCAGUAUGGGCUGGCUUAUCAGGAGGGCACACUUCAAAAUCUACUGAAAAUGAAUGACUCUGAGGAUCUCCCCGAUUCCUAUGACUAUGACCUCAUCAUCAUUGGAGGGGGCUCAGGAGGACUGGCAGCCGCUAAGGAGGCAGCCAGAUACAACAAGAAGGUGAUGGUUCUGGAUUUUGUCACUCCAACCCCUCUUGGAACUAGAUGGGGUCUCGGAGGAACAUGUGUGAAUGUGGGUUGCAUACCUAAAAAACUGAUGCACCAAGCAGCUUUGUUAGGACAAGCCCUACGAGACUCUCGAAAUUAUGGGUGGAACGUUGAGGAAACAGUUAAACAUGAUUGGGAGAGAAUGACGGAAGCUGUCCAGAAUCAUAUUGGCUCUCUGAACUGGGGCUACCGCGUGGCUCUGCGGGAGAAAAAGGUCACCUAUGAGAACGCGUAUGGGCAGUUUGUUGGGCCUCAUAGGAUUAAGGCAACAAAUAACAAAGGCAAAGAGAAGAUUUAUUCAGCAGAGCGAUUUCUCAUUGCCACUGGUGAAAGGCCACGUUAUUUGGGUAUCCCUGGUGACAAAGAAUACUGCAUCAGCAGUGAUGAUCUUUUCUCUUUACCUUAUUGCCCGGGUAAGACCCUGGUGGUCGGAGCAUCCUAUGUUGCUUUGGAAUGUGCUGGAUUUCUUGCUGGCAUUGGUUUAGAUGUCACUGUUAUGGUACGGUCCAUUCUCCUAAGAGGAUUUGACCAGGACAUGGCCAACAAAAUUGGUGAACAUAUGGAAGAACAUGGCAUCAAGUUUAUAAGACACUUUGUACCAAUACAAGUUGAACAAAUUGAAGCAGGGACACCAGGCCGACUCAGGGUGGUAGCUAAGUCCACUGAUAGUGACGAAACCGUCGAAGGCGAGUAUAACACGGUAUUGCUGGCAAUAGGAAGAGAUGCUUGCACAAGGAAGAUUGGCUUAGAAAACGUGGGGGUAAAGAUAAAUGAACAGACUGGAAAAAUACCUGUCACGGAUGAAGAGCAGACCAGCGUGCCUUACAUCUAUGCCAUUGGCGAUAUAUUGGAGGGGAAGCUGGAGCUCACCCCCGUGGCAAUCCAGGCAGGAAGAUUGCUGGCGCAGAGGCUGUACGGUGGCUCAGCUGUCAAGUGUGACUAUGAAAAUGUUCCAACAACUGUUUUCACUCCUUUGGAAUAUGGAGCUUGUGGUCUCUCUGAAGAGAAAGCUGUGGAGAAAUUUGGGGAAGAAAAUAUUGAAGUUUACCAUAGUUACUUUUGGCCAUUGGAGUGGACGAUUCCAUCGAGAGAUAAUAACAAAUGUUAUGCAAAAAUAGUCUGCAAUAUCAAAGACAAUGAACGUGUUGUGGGCUUCCACGUACUGGGUCCAAAUGCUGGAGAAGUUACCCAGGGCUUCGCAGCAGCACUCAAGUGUGGGCUGACCAAAGACCAGCUAGACAGCACCAUCGGAAUCCACCCCGUCUGUGCAGAGGUAUUCACGACACUGUCGGUGACCAAGCGCUCGGGGGGAGACAUCCUCCAGUCCGGUUGCUGAGGUUAAGCCCCAGUGUGGAUGCUGCUGCCAACCAAGACUGCAAACCACUGUUGUACUUCUUGCCCAAAUCCAAGGUGGAGUUUUUUUGAAGAAGGCUCUCGGGCUGCGGCAUCUGCACGUCCUGUGCUUACACCCCCAAGGCCCCCUUGGAUCUCAUGGGUAGGAGGUGGCGUGUGGAAGGCAGGCAGCAUCACACUGGGGUCACCAUGACGGACUCGAAACUGGCUUUCAGCAGCGCAUCGGAGAGAUGCGUCCAUGAAGUCACCAGCCUCAAGCCCGCGCGGUGGGCGGUGAUAGAAGCACUGAAGCAGUUUUCGCAUGGCCUUUCCUGUGUGGGUUCCUUAUUCUCAUCGUCAAGCUUUCUAAUGUUGGUUGUUUUUUUUUCCUCCUCGGUGUUUGUGAUACUAGAGGUGACAGCAGACAGUUUUUAUCCAAAAGCAAGUCAUGGCUUCCGUGUACAAAUAAAGCAGCUCGUUGCUGGGGCGGUGUGGUGUGGCUCCUAGGCUUGUCCCAGGAGAGAGAGCUGCCCUGGGGGCCUGCCCAGCAGCGUCUCCCCACAACAAGCAAAGCUACUGUUGGCUAGAUUUGGCCCCAUCCACUACACCACUGAUGAUUAUUUUUAGUUUUGUUUAGAAAAGGAAAUGGCUAUUCGGCCAGCCUAUUGGAAGGAAUAUUCCACGGCAGGGAACUUGGUUGUGGUAUAGUGUGACUUCCACUGUUCUCUGUCAUGGAGCCAGAUGUGCACCUGAAAUGGGGAAAAACAAUAAAUGUAUUUAGUCUAUUGUGUGCUCGUCUUAAGUGAGCUGAGAUCUUUUGCCAUAGAAAACAUUUCAUACUUGUGUAAAACUUUUUGGGGAGUAGCUUUUGCUUUAAGCUGAAAUCACAAAAUACCACAGCUUUAUAUUUCAUGUUCAUUUUGUAUUUAUCCCUUCCUGAGAACUAUAUUCAUAGGAGAAAUAAGUCUUUCCACACUGAACAAUUUAACUCUUGUGGUAAUUACUUUUUUUAAGGAAGCUGUUAAUAUCAUAAUUUAUUAUUUUUGAACACAGGUGGAUGUGAAGGAUUUUUCAUUUAAAAACCAAAUGGUUUUAACUUUUUCUGUUGACUGUACUUGGUGGAAUUCGGGCAGAAGUGUUUCUUCUCCGUUAGCAUUCCAACUCGUAUUAUCGCAGAGAGAUAUUAACCCUGCAGUUCCAGAUUUCUGGCUAAAUGUACUGACAACGGAUUAUAUUCAGGCCACUUCCCCACUACAGAAGUUGGAUUUUAAACGUGCCGUGGACGUCAGGUCUCCCACCAGCAGUUCUUGUAGCUCCUUUUCCGUUUCCUCCCCUCUGUGUGUGUUUCUCAGCCAGAACACUGAGUGGUUGAUUCAAAGUACAUUUCUCGGUCACCUCAGGGAACUCCGCGUCUGCCUGGUGUUUAGUCCGCAGAGUCCCUGACCCUGUCUGUCCCACAGCCCUGCCUCACCCCUCCAUCCCAUCUGGCUGUGUGGAGAGAAUGGGAAAAGGAAAAGAGAAGAGGGGAAUUGAGGCAGCUGACUGUGUUCAGUUUUAUUUAUUUAUUUUUAAGUUGUUUUUCCUCCAAGUCUGCCAAUCUCUGAAAUUAGAACAUAGGCAGUGCAGGGUGAUCAUGCCUCAUCAUGUUGUGAUUCUGUCCUCAUGGAAUGGGAUGUUCUGCCCCCACGAGAGGGAUUCCACUUCAUAGACUUGUCUCUGUAAUUGCCCAUUGUGUUGGAACUCAUACUAAAUUCCAUGUAUUUUUGUGAUAAAUCUUCUGAAAAAAAAUGUGAAACAUUAAAAGUAUUAAU